UCACUGUAUUAUAUAAAUAGAUGGACGGACUAGUAAAAUGAAAACCAUCAAGACUGCCUGUACACUUGAGCAAAAUGCUGCGGACAACGUGCGCUCUCCUUUUGGGGAUACUACUCACAGUUCUAGGUGCCUCAAACGCUCAGGAAUGCGGAGUUGCACCGCUCAACCCAAGAAUCGUCGGAGGUGAAAAUGCCUCAGAAGGCAUGUGGCCCUGGCAAGUCAGCUUGCAUUUUUUAGGCAGUCACAUAUGUGGCGGAAGCGUGAUCAGCGAAGAGUGGGUGCUCACGGCAGCUCACUGCAUUGCCAGCACUGUCCUUGACAAUUGGCUGCUGUACUUUGGAAAACUGAAUCAAAGUACCACAAAUGUUAACGAGGUCAACCGCACUUUGGGCCAGAUCAUCGUUCAUCCCGACUACAACGACACCACCUUUCAAAACGACAUCGCGCUCAUGAGGCUGAGCAGCCCCAUCACUUACACAAACUACAUUAGACCCAUUUGCAUGGCAAGUAACUCCAGCCAGUUCAACAACGGGACCAUGUGCUGGGGCACCGGAUGGGGCAAACUCGGAGCUAAUGAGACAACUGUGUCCGAGAGACUGCAAGAAGUUGAAAUUCCGAUCAUUGGCAACAAGCAAUGCAGCUGCGUCUACAGCUUGGUGGAAAACGCCGUCAUCGGCGACAAUACGAUAUGCGCAGGGGAGGAUGGCAGAGGAAUAUGCCAGGGAGAUUCGGGCGGACCCGUGCAGUGUAAGCAAGGCUCAGCGUGGAUCCAGGCCGGCCUCGCCAGUUUCGGCAUACCCUGCGCCAUCGGGAUUCCCGAAGCCUUUACCCGCCUGUCUUUUUACCAAGACUGGAUUAGGGCGCAAGUGGGAGGAGCUAACAUUAGCUUUGCCGAUUUCACCUCGACGGGUGUCGACCCAGACAACAGCUUCGUGUGUCCGUUAAGUACGGGAACCCCUACGGAAAACCCUCCGAACGCUUCGACGCUUCCGGGUCUUUCCGUCAUCGCGUUCUUCUUGCUGGGCAUUCAUCUUUUGUAACUGAAUAACUCCUAAGACAUCAAAUGGAAAUGUUGAUUUAAAAGAAAAAAAAAAUCUUUCUGAAUCACA